AUGUCAGAAUUCUUAGGAUCUCGCAUCUCUCUCAUCUCCAAAAGCGACAUUCGAUAUGUCGGCGUUCUCCACGAGAUCAACUCGGACGAGUCGACCGUCUCGCUUGAAAAUGUUCGCUCCUUCGGAACAGAGGGUCGCAGAAGCAGACCCGAAGAAGAGAUAGCACCUUCCGAUCAGGUUUACGACUACAUUAUUUUCCGUGGCAGCGAUGUCAAGGACUUGAGGAUUGAGGAUCACCCGGGCAUCAAGGAGAACAAGCCUCCCGCGAUGCCCGAGGACCCGGCCAUCGUCAACGCUCGCCCUCGUCCUGGCCAGGGACCUAGCAAUCAGCCACCCCCAGCACCUGGCUUCGGACAGCCUCCCUUCCAGAACAACUUCUAUCCUCCACCAGGUCCAUGGGGCCCUGCUCCUGGGCGUGGCGGCCCUGGCGGUCCUGGCGGCCCUGGCGCAGGAAUGGGUGGCAUGCCGUACCCUCCCCCUCCUGGAUGGUUCCCUCCCGGCCCUCCUGGCCAAGGCUUCCCUCCUGGCCCUGAUCAGUGGAACAAUUACAACAACUACCCUCCCGGACCUCGUGGACCCCCCGGGCCUCUCGGCCCUGGUGGCGUACCUGGCCAGGCCCCUGAGAACCGCGGCACUCCCGGUCCUCAUGAUGCAAAGUCUGCGCCGACUGGCGCCGCUGGUGACAGGCAGAAGCCCGCCACACCGGCUGCUCAGGGUGCUCCCAGCGACACUAAGCCAGCUCCCCCCCCUGGUUUCCAGCAGGCGGCCGCACCGACACCUCCCGUCGAGUCGAAGCCCUCUGCGGCAGAGGUCAAGGCCACCGCUGCAUCCUUGAACACGACUGGCUCCUCGAAGCCGGUCGAGCUUCCCGUGCCCACAGGACCAAGGAACCUUGCUCGUGUCCAACCAGCUGUCCCUCUGGCUGGAUCUAUGCCCAAGGCAUUCCCCGUUCCUGUCAACGACAGCAACGCCGGUCAGGCCGUCCCUAAGCCUGCUGCCGCCCCUACCGCCGCCAGUGUGCGGGAUGCUACUGAGGCCGCGAAGGCAGCUGUUGCUUUGGCCAUGGCUAAUAUGAAUGCCGGCAACGUUGCCGUUCCCACCGCACCCCAGGGUAACGGCAAUGCGAUGGACAACUUGACGAAGAAGGUCAACGAGAUGAGGGUCAACGCAGCCCGAACCACCCAGCCUGGAGGUGGUCGUGGCCGAAGUCGUGGUGGAAGACAAGGCCAGGCCAAGGUCGAGGUUCCUGAUGCGGACUUUGACUUUGCCCAGGCCAAUGCCAAGUUUAACAAGGAUGACUUGGUUAAGGAAGCCAUUGCAGGCUCGCCUCUGGGCGAGGCUCCUAACAACGGAUCCGCAACUGAAGCUCCUGCUGCCGAGGUUCCUGGCACGAACCCGCCUGUUGCUUACAACAAGACACGGUCAUUCUUCGACAACAUUUCAAGUGAGGCCAAGGACCGAGCAGACAACAACGGCCAAAAGCCUGGCGGUCGCGAAUGGCGCGGCGAAGAGCAGCGCAAGAACAUGGAAACCUUUGGUCAAGGCAGUGUUGAUGGCGGCUACCGAGGCUUCCGAGGCAGAGGUCGCGGCCGUGGCCGAGGAGGCUAUGGUGGUCGUGGUGGCGGACGUGGCGGUUUCCGUGGUCGUGGUGGCCAGGGUGCCGCCGGCCCUGUCGAGAACUAG